UUUAUUUCACCUGAGAGAAGAAAUGAAAUAACUGGUGAAGCAUGAAAAGCAUCCCAUGUGUGGUUCUGCUCGGAGACGGUCCAGCGCUGCAGGAGUUGUGUGUCCCGCAUCUAACACCUGAUUCAGCUCUUCAGAAGAGACUGAGCUGCUGGGGGUCCAGGGGGGGCUUGUAAGCAGUGCAGAUGGGAUCUGAGCUGAAGGCUUAUUAGAUAAACAGUUGGAUUAGUUUUGGAGAUGCAUAUGACAGCGUUUUCAAGUGUGAUCAGUGGAUUAUAGCAGGGCACCAUCUCGCGCAGAGACACUCCACAGAACACCAGCAUGUUGCACUGGCUCAUGGUUUUGAUCGUCGUGCUCAACAUCAGCAUCACAGUCGUGGAGUGGAUGUUUCUCUUAUAUGAGCUGAUGAGGUUAAAUUCAGAGGAUCCAGAUGAAGUGUGUCCGGAGUAGACAGAGCGGCACGGCUCGGUAGCAUGAGGACUUUAGUCUUAGAUCAUGUGCACAAAGAAAUUAAGUGUCAAGACUGGGUCUUCGGCCCUAAAACUGAAGCUGGUCAUGCUGAGAGGGUUCUGAUGGAGGAAGAGCGAGCUGGUCUGCUGCUGGGAUUCAUCAUCACCGAACACUAUCUCACAGGAUCCAGCCUUCAGUACAUCACUUACUAUGAGUCUACGUGCAGUCUGUGCCAGCUGUCAUUAUUCUGGCUUAGGUUUUUCACUUCAUUUUUAACGUUUUUAACAUACCAGAUGCUCUUUUAGCUGCUGUAGAACAGCAAAGCAUAGAUAGCAGUCUUUCAGUAUGGAAAGAGGACGUGGUCAUGUGAUCGUUGUGAUGUCAUCAUUGUAACUGCUGCAUUCUGUGAUGCCAUUAAAAUGAAUUCUGGCACUGUAUAUACAUAUAAGAGAAGGCAUAAAUGAUGCGUGAGAUACAGAAUUAAAGCCUCUCCUCAUUAGGAACCAACAGCUUGUUGUGUGAUUCAUCUUUAUGAGCUACUAGAUUAUUCUAAUGCCUGUCUGGAUCAAUAAGCACAGAAACAUGUGAGAUGUUCAGCUCUAAAACACCACAGCAGAAACGCAUGAGGCCUGUCGAGAGCCCAAAAUCAAAACAAUGAAAUAUGUCGUGCUAAACUAACGCUGACCUAGUUUCAUUAUUUUUUUAAUCUUGUACUGGUUUAAUCGAUCUGCUGUUCAGAGAGAAUUAAAUUGUGGCAUUCGUUUUUACACAUGCUAGAACAUCGUUCCUGAGGUUUUAUCUUUUAUUAAUAAAGUUGAGCACUGUGUGUACCUGUCCUCUCAGUUAUGAUGAACCAUAACCAGUCUGUAAGCCGUCUGAAAGCUGGAUAAUAUCUGCUGAUAAAGCCUGUGACCUUGAGCGUCUCAGCCAAUCACAGCGCCGCACAUGCGUGCAUCAGCGUCUCAUCCUUUAUUCUUCAUUCACUGCUGGAGUUUGCGAGGAAGGGAAAGACAUGAACGUCUAACACUUUGAUUUCUCCAGACGGAUAACAUCUGACCUUCAUCACUGCCUGUGAACUAACUCUCAUCUGGACGUUAUGGAUAAGGGCAUGAUGGCGGGGCCGCGUGAGCCUCCUCUGCUGCCCCCCUCUGGUGAGCAGGAGGUUUUCUUCAAGAAUUACAUCCCACCUGCUCGAGACGCCAUCCAUCUGCCCAUUCACGUCUUCUACAUCAUCCUCGCCUCCAUCAUCAUAGUGAUGACACUCUACGCCAUCAUCGGCCACCUCAUCAAAGACCUGAUACACGACUUAGCCGACUAUCUGUUCGGCCAGCAGCCCGAGGAGGUGCGGCUCAAUCUGUGCGAGGCCAAGGACAAGUUCAUGGCCGACUGGUGUCCGGAGACCAGCCCGGAGCUGGAGGAGAUGGCCCGUGCCGAGGAGAUCCGGGUGGUGAUGGAGGGCAACAGAUACACCCCGGCCAUCUGGAUCAUCUCUGACAGCAUGGAGCCCAGACCGCCGCGCACCGGCCCGCGGGUCGUGUUCGGCAAGAACGUGUAGAGCAGGGGAUCCAGACCUGCAGAGUUUAGCUCAACUUGCCUUUGGAUGUUUCUAGGCAGUCUGAAUACCUUAAAGGAGAUUUUGUUGUGGAUGGAGAGAGAAAUGAAUGCGGAUCUACUGGUUACAUAACAGGUUCUCAUCUACAUCACAAUGAAUGUUUUCAUUCGUUCAACAUCUGGGAGAGAAUCUUCUGGCAUGGCAAAUCCAGGCCUGGCACUGAUCUGCUCUGAUGUGAUUGCAUGCAUCAUCCAUGGCCUGGAGAAGAAUUGUCUAAAUGAAGACACUGAUAAAGUUCCUCUUCAAACACACCCGCUGAGAGAAUUUGAGCAGCACCUCAAUGAUCUGAAGAAGGAGAACUUCAGCCUCAAGCUGCGCAUCUACUUCCUGGAGGAGCGGAUCCAGCAGAAGUUUGAGGACAGCAGCGAUGAGAUCUACAGGACGAACAUCGAGCUGAAGGUGGAGGUGGAGAGUCUGAAACAGGAGCUGCAGGAAAAACAGCAACUGCUGGAUAAAGCACUGACAGCAGCAGAGAGUCUGACCAAUCACAAUGAAGCAGAGCUGCAGCGACGGUGUGAAGAGAGACAACAGGAGAUCGAUCACAUGCAGCAGGUGCUGGAGACCAAGAUCCAGAUACUGCAGGAGGAGGCUCAGUUAGCGCGGGACGAGGCCGAGCGCAGGGCCAGCAUGGCUGAAUCUCACUCGCAGCAUCCCUCUGUCACCAUGGAAACGGUCCCCAAGGAAACAUCAGGAGACACGAGCACAUGGCCUGAUGAAGAUGCAGACAGAAGGAAGAUCGAGCAGCUGAGCGCGGUGCUGUGCUGUAAGGAGCAGGUGAUCAGAGAGCUGACGGAGGAGAGGACAGACCUGAGACAGAGAGUGAGACACAUGGAGGAGCAGCUGGAGCAGCUGUCUGCCUCUCUGCUGCAGAAAGAGAGAGACGUGCAGUUUUAUCAGGAGGAGCUGGGCCGCGAAAGGCUCCGUGUGCAAGAAGAGAUGCAGAGUCUGAUAGAAGAGCAGCAUUCGCAUCAGUACGAACGCGCCGCUGGACAGUGUGUGAAUGAACUGCAGCAAGCGCAGCUACAGCUCGAGUCUCUGCAGAACCAGAUCCACGAGAGCGAGACCAGCAACAAGGUGCUGCAGGAGAAACUGUGUGAGAUGGAGUCAGAGCUCCGGUCCAUCAGACAAGCUGCUCAGAACCAAGAGAGAACCAUCCAGAACCUCACAGACAGCCUGAGAACUAAAGACACAGAGACUCAGGAGCUGUACCGUGUGAUUGAGGGCCAGAACAACACGCUGGCCACAAUCACAGAGACCCACCAGCAGCAGCUGCAACACACACAGACUCCAGAGAGCGCUGUGGACUCUGGUUCGGUUCUGGGCUCCCAGAGUUCUCUGUUCUGGUGUCAGCUGGAGUUGGAGGCGAGUCAGCACACUCACAGACUGACUCAGAGACGUCUGGAGGAUGAGACGCGCUCGCGAGACCGACUGCAGAACGAGCUGCAGGACGCGCUGCAGCACAGAGACGUUUCCCACAAACACAACCAGGAGCUGCGUGAGAUGGUUGAGCAGCUGCGGUCUGAGCUGCAGGUCAAACUGUGUGAGCUGAGAGAUUGUGAAGCCUCGACUCGCUCAGAAAUCACUGACCGGGACAAAACCAUCGCACAGCUACAGCAGAGCUUAUGCCGCAGAGACGCGCUGCUGCAGGAGUAUUCCGAGCUGCUGAAUGAUUCGCCUGACUGCAGCGGCCGCGUGGAGAGAGACGCACUGCUGCACACACUGAGGACUCGCAUCAGAGACAGAGACGCUGCACUGGAGCGCUCAAUCGAUGAGAAGUUCCACUGUCUGGAGGAGAAGGAUGGUGAAGUGUGUCGACUGCAGCUGGUGCUCCGUGAGAAGGACCGAGACCUGGAGAGACUCCGCUGCGUCCUCGACAACAACAACGACACCAUCACGGGUUUGGAUGCUCUGGUGCGCAGUAAGGAUCUCGAUCUGGAGAGAACACAGGAAAGCUGCCGGAAACUGGAGUGGAUGAAACAGCAGAGCGAUGAGAAACACGCACUCGCUGUACAGGAGAGAGACGGCAUCAUUCAUCAGCUGCAGACGGCGCUGCGCUCACACAGCAGAGAGAGCGAGGAGCUCAGGUCAGUGUUGUUGGGAAAAGUGUCUGCCGCUGACGAGCUCCAGCAGCUGCAGUCUCACCUGUCGAUGAAAGAGCGUCUGUUUCAGGAAGUGAUGUCAGACCGCAGCCGGCAGGCGCAGGAACACCUCAGACAGAUCACAGAGCUGCUCCACACCAUCAGCACCAGAGAUCAGGACAUGAAGGAUUACGGCGAGAGGUUGGGCCGGGUGAUUUCUGAGCGAGCGGGUCAGCUGCAGGAGUUGCGGAGGCAGCUGUCGUCACGGGAACAGGAGCUGAAUGACAGGAACAGGGAGCGAGAGAGAGAUGCUUCUGCGUCCAGAGAGCUGCAGAGACUUCAGGACGUUCUCAAGGAGAAAGACGCCUUCAUGCAGGAGUUACUGCGGGGGCCGAGCGAAAUGUUGAGCUCCACACCAGCAGCAGCACAGGCUGCGUGCACGAGCAGCUCGGGUGAUCUGGAUGUACAAGCCAUCAGAGAUGAGCUACAGCUGACCCUCAAGAAACACAGAGAGACUGAGUGUGUCCUGCAGCAGCUCGUGUCGGAGCAGCAGGCGCUGAAUGAAGCUCUGAGAGCAGAGAAGAAGGUUUAUCAGAAGCUCAGAUGCAUCCAGUCUCAGGAGAGCAGUGCUGAGAAGACUAGCGUGCUGCACACAGAACUGGACUCGCUUCAGGUGCUGCGCCAACAGCUGGAAGAAACCCUGAGGAGGAGCUGUGAGACGGCGCUGGUGGACCGGGUCGACUGUGGAGAAUCCAGCAGUGAUGAAGAUGAAGACGAUCAUGACAGCAGUGAAGAGUUCACGGACAGCAUAGAGGACAACGACCUCAAACUGACAGCUCAGAGUUUGACCAGCGCACAGAGAGCCGAGGAGUUCAGUAGACCGGGGAACGGGGUGCUGAUGUCCCAGCAUGCAUCAGAGCAGAGAAACGAAGGCGAGACGGGCCGCUCCUCACUCUCUCGCAGCAGGAACGAGCCUGCAUUAGCAGCAGAUGAGGAGGAAUCUGCGAGGUUGGAGAAGCGUGAAACAGACCGGCCAAACUCCCAUGAGCCUCAGAGAGUUUACCGUACGUUCAGAGAGGAGGAGGAGGAAGAAUAUGAUGAUGAAGUGGAAGGGGAAGAUGCCCGGGCCCGUCACGGCAAGCGCGGGCCCCCGAGUGUGGAGCUGCGGGAGGGGAGGUGGAAGAGGAGGUGCACCAGACCACAUUCUCUGGACCUCGGAGCUCUGCUGUCACACAAACCUGCAGCCCAUCUCAAAGUUCAGGAUGUAGAAAUGGAGCAAGAGGUUGAUGGCGACAGCGGCAGUCCGAGAGCAGGAAGAGGCGGAGCCAUUGGGUUCUGGCAGCAUGUGGAGGCGGGGCUUCGGGAGCAGGCGGAGCGUCUCCGUAGCGACCUUGCCGUGAGUCGUCAGGAGAGCCGUGAUCUGCAGGAGAGACUGAUGGUGUCAGAGGCGACAGUGCAAGCGCAGGCCGAACAACUGAAAGACUACAGAGAGCUGCUGACCGACAGCGCCGUCCAGCAGGACAGUAAACAGGUGCAGGUGGAUCUUCAGGAUCUUGGAUAUGAGACGAGCGGCCGCAGUGAGAAUGAAGCUGAGAGAGACGACGCCAGCAGCCCCGAGUUUGAUGAGUUGGAGACGUGCAUCUCUCUCUUGGAUUCGCGGAGCAGAUGCAGCGGUUGGCAUGGCAACAGCGAUGUUACGCAGACAGAUGACCCGUCCUCGCUGAAGCGUUUGGUGCAGGACCUGCGCUCACAGCUCUCUCACUGCCACAAAGUGAUCCGCGGCCUGCAGCUGCGAGUCCGUUCGCUCUCUGCGACCUCCGACUACGCCUCCAGCCUGGAGCGCACGCCACGCAAGGUGAACUGGGCGCUUCAGGUGAGUGCGGAUCACAGCGGUCUGGAUGAGGACGAGGGCUGGCAGUCCGACGGGCCGCUGAGACGCAGCCGCGAGCUGCAGGAGCUGGUGACCCGCGUGACGCUGCUGGAGACCCAGAUCAAGAGCUCCAAGCUGGAGGGGAAGAGCGGUGCGGAGGGUGGGAAAUGUGCCACCUGGCCCGGGAAGUACAACACACUGAUCCAGGCACAGGCACGAGAGCUGUCACACCUGCGGCAGAAGAUGCGAGAGGGGCGGGGCAUCUGCCACAUCCUCACGCAGCACCUGAGUGACACGACCAAAGCCUUCGAGGAGCUGCUGCGCGCCAACGACAUCGAUUACUACAUGGGCCAAAGCUUCCGAGAGCAGCUUUCCCAGAGUUCCUCACUUGCUCAGAGAGUCAGCACCAAGAUCAGUGGACGUGAUCGUUCAGAGCAGCAAGAUGCUAAAACGGGUCACGAGCUGCUAGCGCUGAGGUUGAGUAAGGAGCUCCAACACAAAGAUCAAAUCAUCGAGUCUCUGCACACCCAGUUACAGCAGCGUCCCGACACGCCCUGCAGCAGCCACGCCCCCUCUGAGACAACAGACCAAUCAGAUUGCGCCUCGUUUGUGUCUGACGAAAGAGGCUCCAACAAUGGGGAUGUGGACCUGUGCUCAGACAUGGACGCAGCCAGUGAGUUUGCACAGGAGGAGCCCGAACCCAAAGACAGAGGUGUGUUCACAGAACUCUUGUCCAGCUCACAGCUUCUGAUCCAAACCCAGCAGAUCAGUGCUCAUUCUAACCCCAUGACCUUUGCCCCCGUGACCUGCCCUGACCCUGACCGCAGGAUCCUGACUGUCUCAGCACAGAGGAGGCCGCCCAUGAGAACUUUCAGCGCGCCUCAUUCGCUCUCCAGCUAUCAGCUGACCGCGCACAUGCCCCGUCCCAUCGAUUACACGCCUGUAUCCCAUCAUACACGGGGAAACAGUGGAGGCCUAUCUGUGCAGACAGAUGCAUUGUGGGACAUGGAGAAUAUGAUUCAGCCAAUCGGAGGUUUUGAUGGAUCAUCUCAUUAUCAGUCUGGCAACAGCCAAUCAGGUGUAGACGUGAUCGAGGAGCAUCUGAGAGAGAUCCGAUCUCUGCGUCAGCGGCUGGAAGAUUCUAUCAGAACCAACGAGAGAUUGAGACAGCAGUUAGAGGGACGUCUGGCCACAGCAGCGAGAGACACAGUGGCUCCAACCAGCAUCUUUAUCCACAGUCAUGAUGCAGUCAGUCAACUGACCAAUGAAGUCAGAACGUUAAAGGAGGAAAAUCUGGCACUACAGUCAAGGUUACAAGCCAGCAGAGACAGCAGUGAAGAGAAGGAGCAGCUCCGGGAGGCGGUGCUUUCUGGGCGUGUCCGUCUGCAGCAGGCGGAGUUAGAGGCGGAGCAAUGGAAGGAGGAGUUGAGGAGGCUGCAGACACACAACUGUGAACAAAGCCAACAAAUCCAGCAGCUGCGACAGGACAGACAAAACAGUCAGGAGCACAACAACAGACUGCAGCACGAGGUGACUUUACUCCAGCAGCAGUUAGCAGAGAGCAGACAGCUGCUACACGCCCUACAGAGUGAACUACAGCUGUACGACCGCGUGUGUGGCGUGAGAAAGAGCGCCGCUGCAGGGUUGGUGUGUGAGGUGCGCUGCCCGGCGGUGGAGCUGCGGGAGCUGCUGGUGGAGGUCCGGGCUCUAAGGGCCCAGCUGGAGUGCAGUGUUCAGGAGAACAGUGAUCUACGAGCUCAGCUGCAGAAACACCUGGAUCAGUCCAUCGAUCAGCGCCCAUCGCCCAUCAUCCCGGCCAGUCCGCUGCGGGACGUGCUUUACCGCCGACAGCUUCUGCACGACCCGUCUCCUUCUCCUCCUGUCAGAGACGUGGGGCCCUUGUACUCGCCGUACUCAGAGAUAGAGGAGAGCGCUGUGAACACUAACGACUCACUGGAGCCUCAUGCGGAUCUGGAAGGAGAAGCUCCGGAUGGCUCGUUCGCGAACCGUAACGGGCGGCACGCCAUCGGUCACGUGGACGACUACAGCGCCCUGCAGCAGCAGGUGAUGGAGGGCCGGGCGCUGGUGCAGCGGAUGGAGGCGGCGCUGCAGUCGAGUCUCAGCUCUGCCCUGCUGGAGAUCAGCGGAGGAAAGGCUCUGGACUACAGCACAGUGAAGACGCUGCUCUCCGACACCAAGACCUUGCAUCAGAUUCUGGACGAAGCCGUGUCUCUGCUCAAGAUGUUCUGGCGGGCGGCGCUUCCGAGCAGCGACGGUCCCGCUCAUCUCGUUCAGAGGGAGCAGGUCAUGCGUGAGGAGAUCCAGUCACUGCGUUUGCGGAUCGCUGAACAGGAGGAGGUUCUUCAGGGAACCAUCCAGCGUCUGCGCUGCUCCAACCGAACCAAAGAAAGCAUGGAGACCUUCAUCGUCAACCAGCUUUCCCGGACGCGAGAUUUGCUGAAGAAAGCACGAGCGAAUCUAGAGAAGAAUGAGCUCAGGAUUUCCUCUCUAAGCUCCUCCUCUUCCUCUCUUUGCCAUGGUAAAGUCUUCACAGGUGUGUCCGCAGGUUCUUCUGCUUGGGGUCGCGUGACCCCUGCGUCCUCUGCGAUCGCCAUGGAAACAACCGGUCUGCAGCAACCUGCCAAGAAGCGUGUCAGGGAGGGACUUCAGCUUUCUGCCCCCCGUUGAACCAGCUGACAACCGGUCAGCACCUCUAACUCACCCACCUCACCCUCUUUCUUUCUAAAAUCUUUCUAAAGGAAAAAUGUUACCUCUUCCUUUAACAGUAGGCUGUUAAAAUCCAGAUGCCUAUUGAUUGCCUGUUUGUGAGAAGACAUUUAUCUUUUGCCACGAGAAAGAAAAUACAUUCUUUACUUUCUGAGAUAUAAACAGACUGCCACAGAAUUCCCUCGAGUAUCUCAGGGAUUUUUGGCAAAAACACUGGUCAGCAUGCGAGCCGUUCUGAGCGCUGACCUCUGCUGACACGUGUCAUGAGAUGAAAUGGCAACUAAAGCAUGUGAAAUAAGUUCAUGUGCUUUCAUCAAGUGUCAUUGUGCCAUAUAUUGAGCCACUGUUAGUAUUAGUAUGAUUGCUGAUAUUAUCAUCAUUAUCCAGUGCUACUGACUGAAAUGGAAUGCUGUGUUUAUUAUUUGCAUGAUGGAGGUCGACAAAAAUAAAGUACACUUGUUCUUUUGUGAGGUGAGGUUCACCAAACAUGCCAAAGUUUGCAUGGUUAAUUUCUCUCAUUUCUGCCUAAACUGUGCUGUUGAUGUCGACUUCUGUAUGUACACUGAUUUCAAGUAACCCAUAUUUACUAGCACUAUUUUAACCACCUUGUAGGAAUUCUGUAGGAGUGCUUUGGGUGUCUUGGCAGUCACUUAUGCCAGAUAUACAAACUUAGUUCACAAGCAAAUAAAUAGGUUUGUGAUUUUCUGCAUUUGCAAAAAUGAAUAUAAAAUUCAAGUUGUCAUUGAUUUGUGCAGUUAUUCCUGUGAAGAUAUAAUCAAUGAUAGUUUUGAAGAUUUCUGAACUAGAGAUGGCAAACUUUGGCAGGGAUUGGUGGGACCAGAGCUGCUGAUGAAGAGUAACUGAGGGAUUGAUUUGAUGCAGUAAUGUGUUGGAUGAAAGACCAAAGCCAGAGGGGGAAAAAGACACUUGAAUUCAUGUAGAGAGAAAAAUAAGCAGCAUGUUGGUUCUGAAAUCUGUAUAAUAUGUAUAUAGUGCUUGAAGGCUCAUUUGUUGCCAUGGUUACUGAUGUUAUUGUGCAAUAUAAAAAAAAGAUUGCCGACAGAAGAGCCAAUCAAUCUCUGUGUCUGAAGCUGAUGAAAAUGUGCCAUGCAUUAUUACAGCUGCAUUUGGAAUUUAAACAUGAAUAAACAAUUGA